AUGCUUGGUGGUGAAUUUGGGAAUGGCACUUCUCACUUGAAAAGUCAUGUUAGGACUUGUAUGCAGAGGAGGAUUCAAGAAGGAAAACAAAAAGUACUCGGUCCUGAUUUCCUUGCAAAGGGGAAAGGGAAAUGGUAG